UGCUCGUCAGUCAUCAUUGAUGCCCACUCGGUCUAACCCCUAAACCCCCAGCCGCCUGCCGGCCCGCACCGCCCUUCGCCGGCGACCCCGACCCCUACACGGCGGCUCUGCUCGACGCCGGCUACUCAGGAACGCUCUCUUCUUCCUCGUCGACCAUGUAGCUUCUUCCCCCCUCCACAACCUCGCCGCCUCCGCCAGAAAAAAAAAUCCCCCGACCGCCGCCCGCGUCGCCGCCGACGAGCCCUUCCGGCGCCUCCUUCUUGCUCGUCAGCCAUGUAGGCAACAAGAUCUAAUGGCGCUAGCUCACCGCCGUCUCGCCACCUAGGAGUAAAAUUGCAGCAGCCUCCGGUCCGGUUCAGCCAUUAUCUUCCACGCCCCAACAAACCCAGCUCCGGAGGGAACCCUGCCGCCCUCCGCCGUACCGGCGACCGGCCGGACGGCGACAUCGGCUCUGUUCCUCCGUCCUCAGUAAGGAAAAAGACCCUUCGCAAACCAUGUCUCCGAUCAUGAUAACCGUGCUGGGCUGGUUCGUGUCACCCAUCAUCCGCUCGCUCCUGCCCAAGAUCCUUGUCUGCCUCGGCUUCGAUCCAUCCAACAAGCUCCUGGAGCUAGAGAUCCACAUCAUCCCGGAGCUAAAGAAGACGUUGCAGGCCGUGGAUCAGGAGAGGAUGAUGCAGAGAGGAAAGAGAAUGAAGUCUGAUGUGGACGCGCUGGACAAGAUGGCCGCCAUGCUCAGGCACGCUCUGGAGGACGCGGAAGACAUCUUCGACGAGGCACAGGAGAAGAUCGUCCUCAGAUGUUGCCACCGCCUCUAUGGUGCUUUCACCGCCUGCAUUGCCCUCUGUAAAUGCUGCUGCGUCGGGAUUGCACGCGUUGUCCGGACAAAAUCAGCUCGGCUACUGCAGUGGGCACGGACAAUCUCCUCGUCUCUGGUCCUCCUAUGCAGGCCGGAGGAGCUUGUUCUGGUGAAUGUCGGUGCUGCGGUGGUCUCAGACGAACCCGUUCGAGUGACUAUCGAUAUUGCGGCCUCUGACGAGACUAAUCCGGUGACUACUAGUUCAGAGGCCACCAAUGACAAUCCUGAUUUGGCGACUGCCGGUGCUCAGGCCUCUUGUGAUGGGAGCGUUCCGGUGACUACCGGUGCUGAGGCCUCCGACGACAAACCCGAUCCGGUGACUACACUCUCAGAUUCCUUGUCGAGGCGGUGGCUCUCUUGCUUGUGCAGCUCGUUCGACUUCUUCAAGAACUGCUGUACAUCACUAUACAGCUGGUUAGUUCAUGUGUUUGAGGCUGCCUGCUUUUACAGAGACUGGUCAUAUCAAGUGGGACCGGGGUUUAGCCGGCACCCUCACCAUCGGUGCCUAUGACUUCGUUGCGGUUUGGGUCCUUUGAGCCAGCCUCUGCCCCUCCCAGACUUUGGAGUGACCGGUUAGAUUCUGAUGAUGUGUUUGAGCAUUCGCUCCCUUUGUUGGAGUUCGAGGGUGCUGGCGGAUCCUUGGCUGGAUGCUUGGUGAGGGCAUCGUCGGCGAGGACUUUGGUUGGCGUUGGGGACGAGGAGCCGGUGGUUGCUUCCAUCUCCCUUGCUUCACCUGUGGUCGAUGAUCCGGACAUGACGACUGUGGCUGAGGUGGGGCGUGGGGGAGGGGGCUCGGGGCAGGUGGCCUCGACUUCUCUCUUCCCUGUCCCGACGUCGGCGUCGCCGGUCACGGUGGGAUCGGCGGAUGCUGGGAGAGGGGGCCCGAGGCAGGCGGCCUCGACUCUUUCUCUUCCGGUCGUGGCGGCGGCGCCCACACCUUCUGUGGCGCUGGGGGAGGGGGGUUUGGGGCAGGUGGCCCUGGCUCCUCCUUCCUCUUCGGCGGUCAGGAGGACCGCGUCUCCCCCGGUCGUGGCAGCGGCGCCCGCGCUUUCAGAGGCGCUGGGGGAGGGGGGUUUGGGGCAGGUGGCCCUGGCUCCUCCUUCCUCUCCAGCGGUCAGGAGGACCGCGUCUCCUGCGACGACGACGCCCCGUUCUACGCCGACGGGUGGGGCGGGAGGAGGGCUUGGGCAGGCGGCCCCCGCCAUCCUCUCUCCCAACGUGCCCGUGGCCAUGGGUCUCGGUAUGGGGCACUUGUCCGAGGGGUUUGGGAGCCCGCAGCCGCCUCCUUCGGUAACCUUGGUUGACCCUUUGCGGGAUUCAGCGCGAGGAUUUACUAGGGAGGAGGUCGUUGCUUUUGGCGGGAUCCCGGACCCGGCCUCGACGGGGCGAUGGAUGAGUGCUCGCAUUCAGGAGCUUCCGGAGGUUGAUGACAUGCAGCAGAGGUGCGCUAUGAGGGCGGCUAAGCUUCAUGAUGCUGAGAUCUCUACUGGUAUGUCCGUCCACAUAUCUAAUUCUUUGUUGCAUUUUUCUAAUGAGGAAAUUAUAAAUAAUGCAAACCAAUUAGGAGUUUCACUAGGGGCUACUGAUAGUGAGAUUUCCAAUUCGGUGAAUGAUUUGUUAGAUUUGGAGGCAGAGCGUGCCUUAGAGACUAUUCGUAAUCUCGCCGCGGUUAAACCCAUGAAUGAUAAUGAGAUUGAGGCGUUAGGGGUCAGAGUGCUCGAUAAUAUGUGUGCGGAUCUAGCACCCUCCAAUCAUGAGUCUGAGGACGAUGAUAUGCCCAUAGAUAAUGCAGUUGUUAGUACCGCUGAGCCCGGUUAUGAGGACCGGGAGACGGAACCUAGUAAACCAAAGCGCAAGUGGAAACGGAAAAUUUAUCCCGAUUCUGCAGUUCGUCGGAGUGCUAGGAUUCGGACUACUAAAAAAUUUCAUGAUGAGUGAUGAAAGGAAUCUUUUGGAAUAGCAGAGGUCUGAAGGACUUGGCUAAAAGAAGGUUUCUUGCUGAGGCAUCUCUGGAGCAUCGUUUAGAUUUUAUUGCUCUAUCGGAAACUGGUAGAGAUAACUUUGCGCCCCAGUUUCUCUCCUCUCUUGCGGGUGGUGUUGAUUUUGAUUGGCAUUGCCUCCCUCCGCGAGGAAGAUCGGGUGGUAUCUUGCUGGGUGUGAGAUGCGAUUCGCUUGAAGUCCGAAGUGUAGUGAUGGGCGACUUCGCGGUUAAGUUUUGAGUCAGGUCUAAGGUUGAUGGUUUCAACUGGGCUUUGGUGGCGGUUUAUGGUGCCGCACAGCCCGAGCUUAAACCGGAGUUUUUGGCAGACCUUGUUCGAAUCUGUGGGUCCAAACAGCUUCCAAUCUUAGUUGGGGGUGAUUUCAAUAUCAUCAGGAGGAGAGAGGAGAAGAAUAAUGAUAACUUUGACGGCAGGUGGUCGUUCAUGUUCAAUAUCAUUAUUGAAAGCUUGGAUCUGAGGGAGAUAGAGCUUUCUGGUAGAAAGUUUACCUGGGCUAAUUCUAUGCCAAACCCGACUUACGAAAAGCUUGAUCGAGUGGGAACAGAAGUUCCCUCUUGUUACGGUUCAAGCUCUCUCGCGGGGCAUUUCCGAUCACACACCCUUGUUCGUGGACUCAGGGGAGCUGAACCAUGUGGGAAACAAGAACACCUUUUCAUUCGAGAUGGCCUGGUUCGAACGCGAAGGGUUCUUGGACCUGAUCGCUAGGGAAUGGGCGAAGGGUGUAGGAGGUAGGACUGCGGUCGAGCGUUUGCAGAAUAAGAUUAGGAAUUUGAGAAGCUUCUUACGGGGCUGGGCUAAGCACCUUAGUGGGGUGUAUAAGAUUGAAAAGGACAGACUCCUUUCUCUUAUACAGAAUCUAGACAUUAAGGCCGAAUCCACGAUUUUGCUACCUGCUGAACUCCAGGUUAAAACUGAGGCAGGAGAAGAGGUUGAAAGAACUUCUCCGCGAAGAAGAAUUGAAGUGGGCUUUGCGAGCUAAGGUCCGCAAAGUGGUCCAAGGGGACGCGAAUACUCAAUUCUUUCAUUUGAUUGCUAAUGAUAAGCACAGAAAGAAGAGAAUCUUCCAACUUGAACAAGAUGAGGGCACUAUUUUAGGACAGGAUAACCUAAAAACCUAUAUAAUCGAGUAUUAUAGGCAGCUAUUUGGACCUCCGGAGGAUAAUUGUGUGCCCUCGAUGAGUCCAGGACUGAGGAUGUGCCCCAACUAUCGGCUGCUGAUAAUGAUAUUCUGGUUGCCCGUUCUCAGAGAAGGAGGUGUUUGAUGCUAUUGCACAGUUGAAAAACAAUAAGGCUCCCGGACCGGAUGGAUUCCCGGUCGAGUUCUACAAAAAGUGCUGGCAUAUUAUUAAGGGGGAUUUGCUACCUAUGUUUCAUGAUCUGUUCUCUGGACAGCUACAAUUAUUUCACUUGAAUUUUGGAACUAUCACAUUGCUUCCUAAGAAAACGGAUGCUGUGAGAAUUGAGCAGUUCAGGCCGAUCUGCCUUCUCAAUGUUAGUUUUAAAAUCUUCACCAAGGUCGGGACUCAUGUCAUACGAAGACCGGUUUGAGAAGAAACUGAGUUGCUGGAAGGACAAACUCAUGUCAUACGGAGGCCGAUUAAUUCUGAUAAAUUCGGUGCUCACGAGUAUGCCUAUGUUUCUCUUAUCGUUCUUUCAAGUCCCAGUUGGUGUUAGGAAAAGACUGG